UAACACUUGUUCUGGCUUUGAUUCUUCUUUAAGUGUGCAGGUCGCUGAGAACAGUAAUAUCUUCUCUCUGUUUGCUGAAGCGCGUUGACUUGUUUCCACUUGUUCCUAGCUGGCUGGUGUUAGGACCCAGAAAAGAGACAGCAGCAACGUGAUAUAAAUAGAGUACCAGAAUGGGACAAAGUUUGAGAAGAAAGCAUGACAUCACUCAGACUUGCUCUCCACCCAAAAAGAUCUGGGAUGGAGGUGCAAACGUGAGCUGGACAAGCAAGGAGUUAGCAAAUCUCUUCAGCUCUGUUUCUGAAGAAAGAGAGAGAGUUUUAUGCCCUAUGUGCUAUAAGGAAAUGCACUUUUUUUUUUUUGCUAGCAAAACCAAAACUGGCUUCAGAUCUCUGACAACGUGAAAGUAAUUGAAAGGAAAAGACAACCAUAGGAAGAAAGUUGAAAACAAGAUCUUUUCUUUUUGGCACAGAUUGUAACAGAAAUACUUGACUUCUUUCCAUGGAACAGUACAACUUUCGGAUCUGAUGCACGUUUCUUUUAAUUUUCCUCCAAUCGUGGUAAUUUAUUUAUAGUUAAAUGAAGAGAUCAAAGUGUGAAGCAAGCAAAUACUACUCAAAGGGUCUGGAAGGAUAUUUUGCCAUCACUGAAGGAACAGACUUCUUGAAUCUGCAUGGAAUAUGUCCCUUUUAAUACAAAAAGUAACAAAGAAAAACUUAUGAUUGAAAUCUUACAGGAAUUUGAGUUCAGCUGUACUUUUAACCUUAAAUAGACCAUGGAGAAUUUAUUAUCUCUGCUCUGUUGUCGUUAUUCUUUGCUGAUUUUAUUUCAGUACAAAUAUCAGGUGUAUGGAAACUAUUCCCAGCUACCCAAACACCCAGGGUUCAAAGUUCUCGCAUCGGCUUCCCAUUACUGGCCGCUGGAAGAUGUGGAUGGAAUUCAUGAGUUUCGGGAUACAAAUGGAGCUCUAAGAAUCCACAACUUCACUGUGCUUCCUUCCCAUAACUCUACCUUUGUAUAUACCAAUGACUCUGCCUACUCUAACUUCUCUGCAACUGUAGAUAUUGUAGAAGGAAUGGUAAACAAAGGAAUUUAUGUCACUGAAAAGAAAGGAGUUACCUUUCUCUUCUUUGGAAGCUAUCAAAAUUCUUGCAUUAGUAAUCCCGAAGUUUGUGGACCUGAAGGAGUAACAUUUUCCUUUUUCUGGAAGACUCAAGACCAGCAGGCUAAGUUUCUGCCUGCCUCUGGUGGACAAGUAAUUUCCAGUGGUUUCAAAAUCUGUUCAAAUGAAGGUGAAGGCUCAGUGGAAUUUUACACCCGGGGGAAUGCAAUGAUGAAGUGGAAAGCAAGCUUUAGUCCACCAGGUCCUUAUUGGACUCAUAUUCUCUUUACUUGGAAAUCAAGAGAAGGACUAAAAGUCUAUGUCAAUGGAACUCUAAACACAACUGAUCCGGAUGGGAAAGUUUUCUAUGAUUACGGAGACCCCAGUGCAAAUCUACUGACUGGGACAGAGGGAGAUCAAACUAAGCGCUACGUGAAUGGGGCAUUUGACGAAUUCAUUAUAUGGGAAAGGGCUCUCACCCCCAAUGAAAUUGAGCAGUACUUUACUGCUGCCAUUGGUGUGCAAGUUUUGCUUUCUUCAACGCUUCCAUGGUCUGUGAUGACAACCACCACAAAACCUGUGCUCUCUACAAACGCCUAUCGUCCCAUCAUAACUAAUCUGACUGAGGAGAGAGGGAACUUCCACUCCCCUGACACCAUGCUGGGCUACCUGGAGAACGUGUCCUCCAGCUUGCCCAACAAAUCCUUGUCAGAAAAUACUGCUCUAAGCCUGACAGAGGCAUUUUUAAAAGCUAUUGAAGACUUUCUGUUAUUGCCCAACUGGAUGGAUAUACCAGAGACUGCUCACGUAUUUGGAAGUUUAAUUCAAACUAUUGACAGUGUGAUGGCUCACAUGACACGCAACCUGGACGAAAGCUCGUUACCUUUAUCUGUUGAGGGCACGUCAUCUGUGGCAGAUUACACCUUGGUCAAAAUGCAUCCUCAGACUCUGAAUUUGUCCCACUAUCGAUUCCCAUCUCGAGGACAGAGUUAUAUUUCCAUUCCUAGUGAAGCUUUUCAUGAAAAAGCUUGGAUUACCAUUGUUGGCCUGCUUUACCAUAACAUGCAUUAUUUCUUUCAUAAUAUCAACCCUGUGGAUACCAAGAUUACUGAAGCUGCUGCCUACAAGGGUUAUAUGAUCUCAGCAACCAGUUAUCUUAUCUCUAUCAAAGUGGAACCUCUGCCCAAGCUGUCCCACAAUCUGUCAGGAUCUCCUCUUAUUACUAUCCAGCUCACCCACAAAUUGACUCCCAGACAAUACAGCCAAGCACUAAAUAAGAGUAACAGAGUUCAUCUUUACUGUGCAUUUCUGGACUAUAGUGAUGGAACUGGUGUUUGGUCUAAUGAAGGUUGUGUGCGUGAGAGUGGGGACCUCAACUACUCAGUGUGUCUCUGUAACCACCUCACUAACUUCGCCAUUCUGAUGCAAGUGGUGCCUCUGAAGCUAACAAGAGAACACCAGGUGGCCCUCUCCUCCAUCACUUACAUUGGCUGCGCUCUGUCCAUCUUCUGCUUGACGAUCACCCUGGUCACGUUUGCUAUAUUGUCGUCUGUCAGCACCAUCCGCAACCAGCGCUAUCAUAUCCAUGCCAAUCUGUCCUUUGCUGUCUUGGUGGCUCAGAUCCUGCUUGUCACCAGCUUUCAGUUCAGCCCUGGGACGGUGCCUUGCAAGAUCUUGGCUAUUCUACUUCAUUUUUUCUUCCUGAGUGCUUUUGCAUGGAUGCUGGUGGAAGGAUUUCAUCUUUACAGUAUGGUGAUCAAAGUAUUUGGGUCAGAAGAGAGCAAGCACUUAUUUUAUUAUGGAAUUGGAUGGGGCUGCCCACUGGUGAUUUGUGUAAUUUCUACAACAUCGUCCCUAGACAGCUAUGGAGAAAGCGGCAACUGCUGGCUUGCACUAGAGAAUGGAGCAAUCUGGGCUUUUGUGGCGCCGGCGUUGUUUGUCAUUCUGGUCAAUAUUGGUAUUCUCGUUGCUGUCACAAGAGUUAUCUCAAGAAUCAGCGCAGACAACUAUAAGGUCCAUGGAGAUGCCAAUGCCUUCAAACUAACAGCUAAAGCCGUCGCGGUUCUCUUACCAAUCUUGGGAAGCUCGUGGAUCUUUGGGAUUUUGGCUGUCAAUGCCCACGCAUUAGUGUUUCAGUAUAUAUUUGCUGUUUUCAAUUCACUACAAGGAUUUUUCAUGUUCCUGUUUCACUGUCUUCUGAAUUCAGAGGUUAGAGCCGCCUUUAAGCACAAAACCAAGGUCUGGUCCCUUACCAGUAGUUCGACUCGCAACAUCAAUGUGAAACCCUUCAAUUCAGACAUUAUGACUGGGAAUAGGCCAGGCGCAACCCCCACAAAGCUGAACACCUGGGAUAAAAGCACCAAUUCAGCCAACCGCAUUGAUUUAUCAGCGGUCUGACAGUAAUACCAGCUUCUCAGUGAAAAUCAAGCCAUACAUCCAGGACCUCUGACACAGUGUCCACCAGUUUUUUUUCUCACUGUUAAUACCAGUAGAAAACUGCUUUUCUAAUCACUGCCUAAUAAAUUGGAAAUUGCCAUAUUGUUUUGUUGAGUAAAUAGCCCUCAUCUGCUUGCCUUCGGGACUGUAACGCAUUCUACCACUUGGCUAUUAGCAAUGUCUGCAAAAAUAACUAGCACAAAUAUACACUGGAUGGUUUUGUCAGCAAUGAUGAAAACACUAGGUACACAAAAAGGGCGUAUUGCUAUCUGAAUCAUUCCAGCUCCCAGAACUGAGGAAAGGCAACGUGCCUCUGGAAAGAUGGAUUUUUAUGCUCUAAAAUGAAAUGCUUCCCAUUGUGAUGUUGUCGUGGGGCUAUUCUGGUCUUGCUGUGCACUCUCUGUUUACAUUUAUUACCUUACAGAAUCCGUUUAUUGAAGUGAAGCUUAUUCAAAAUACAUAGUGUGGUGAUUAAUUUAAAUGCUACAAGGAAGCCAGGACUUGAGGGAGAAGCAGGUUCCAGCUACUCAGCUCCCAGCACAGGCGUGGAAUUAGCAAAGCUAAUAUACUCAUAUGUCUCUAUGCACAUAAACAGCACAUGUAACAUGUAAUACUCCUGUAUGUGACCUAUUAGUAUUUUGGAUAUUCCUAUUUACACCGUAUCUAUAAAAGGUAGAAAUGGCUAAGGUUGUCCCAUAGCAGUCCACAGGAUUCCUGUCGCUGAUUUGUUUCUGGUGACGUAUCGCAAUACAAAGUAUUUGUAUUGCUUUGCCUGACGCUUUUGGAUGCAAUCAACUAUCCGUCAAGUGCAUUUCACAAACGCGCUGUAGCUUUUGGAAAUCAAAGCCUGGCACUGUGACGUAUCUGUCUCCUUUCACUGGUCAAAUCGAGACACUGAAUUCCAACCACAAAAAUGUAACACAAUGAUAUACUGUGAAGACAGCCAGACUACAAAUAAGUCUAUGUAUUGUUACCUACAGACAUCUUUUAGAUAGGCCUCUGCAGAGUCUUUUGUGGUUUUAAACUGUGCUCAGCACUUAAUAGCUUCUGCUUUAGUACUGCCAUGAAGUAUCUUUCAGGAGUAAAAAAACCACUGUAAUUUUUCUUUUGAAGCAGUGUUUGGAGCACGAGGGGGUGCAAUCUCGGCUGCACCGUUCCAGCUGGGGGUGAAGCAGAAUACGAGCCCUGGAGUGGUCAAAGCCCCUCGAGGUGUGUCUUGCUCUUGGAUUUUCUCAGCAGCCAGGGCCUCCAGGGCAGUUGCAAAGACGAGCCCCGCUCUUUGCAGGUGGCUUUGCAGCCAUGGCUUUGCAUCCCCAGCUCUUCCCUCUUUGCAGCACCUCUCUCCCUAACGCACUGGGUAUACUGGUUUGCAGGAAUUACCGAGGUAAUUAUAUUGGCUUUCCUAAUACAGUGGGCUAUCAAAAUGCUACAAAAGGAGGGAAAUACGCAAAUCUUCAAUCUCGUUUUUUGCUAAGUGAAUCUGCUAUUGAUUUCUGAGAGAAAAGGUAUUUGCACCCUAAUGUGCAGGGUGGAAAUUGCUUAUUGGAUAGUAAAUUUGUAAAAAAAAAAAAAAAAAAGUAAAUUGAUCUUUAGGGAACAGGAACCAUUCAUCAAUUAGGACUAAAUUUAGUGAAAUGUGUCAUCCAAAAGAAAUGGAGUUGAAAGUUUAGAAAACAUCAAUGCAUUUCAUUUUUGAUUGAUCCAAAACAAGUUUUCUCCCUGUUUCCUUCCUGCACUAAGAAAAAAUGAUCUGUUUCAGUUUGGACCAAUCUUUUCCACCUCCUGUGCCUUCUCCCCUUCCUGGCCAAGACUUGUUGGUAUGGGCACCAAACUGAAACCCCAGAGUUUGUCUGUGGCUACAAAUUAAAGCAUUGUACAGAAAUUAUCCUAGUUUCAUCAGAUACAUGCUGGCUUUAUGCAGCUACAACAGAGCAGACUGUGACAUACUGCAUAUCACACAUAUACAUGCAUGAAAUAUAUAAGCUUCUACUCAAUUUCCUAUUGCUAAAUAACUCAAGUUGUUGACAGCUAACUCUAAAAGGCGGGGCAGUAAAAGCCAAAUAUCUAAAUGGCUAUGUCUAUUUUGGCUUUUGUCUAUGGCUUUUUCCGAGCCAUUUCUACAUUGGACUGUCUUACAGCUGUGCAAAUAUAUGGGCUUCUCUUGUCCUGAGAACGAUUAUUUUUUCCCCAAAGGACACAGUAGAAGGAGCCCUUGGAAUGUAUGGAGGAGAUUGUAACAGAACAGUACUGUGAUAACAGAGUUCGUCUUUGUAUUGCGUGCAGACAACAUAUUUAAACAUAUUUUUUAUACUGGAGCAUGUGGGUUUUGUUGUGGGUUGGUUGGUUUUUUUAACACUGUGAUCAUGGAUAUAGAUUGAAACCCUCCUUGAUCAGCCUCUUCUAAUCAUUGUGUUAUAGCACAAACAGUUCCCAGAAUGAACUAGAGGACGUAUAAAAGCUUUUUUUUAAAAAAAAAAAUCUUAAUUUUAAAGAACAUUCGCCCCUACAAAAUUUUCAUUGCCUGCAUUUCCUCCUGUGUGGAUGUAUAUUUGUCACCUAUGGCACUACCCACGGUCCAUUUGAGAAAAACAUGCAACAUACAAAUGAGAGUACCAACGACAGUGGUAUAAAGGGCUACAUCUGUUUUUCAUCCAGGUAUACCAUAUUUUAAAAUUGUUCACCAAAUAUAGGAAGAACAUGAAAAUGUUUUUGGUUUUAUACAUUAGAAUGUGCCAUAGAUAUAUUACAUAUUGAGGGAACAUUCAUUAUCCUGCAUGUACGGAGAUCCACUGUGGAUAACCUACAUCCCAUGCUUUAACUUUUGGACGGUACUUGUGAUGAAGCAGUUUAUCUUGUUGUUCAUGUCACACGAGGUUAGGAGCUAGAACACUGUAUUUAUAAUAUUAGGUUGGGGAUGGGAUUUCUUCUGUUUUUUUUAUAAACUAGUGAAAAAACCACAAAGUACAAAUGUGUUCCAUUGCCAUCUAAGUCCAUUCCUAUUGUUUGAUUCAAUGUGUUUUUGUUGUUACUGACUGCAGCAAAUGUACUGAAUAAGAAAUGCUCAAAUGAAUCUUUAAACGAUCUCUUCCUGUCCUCAGUCUUUUGAAGCCUGAAAAUCUUGCAGUUUAUUUAUGGGCUUGUAUAUAGCAGCGUUUGCAAUAUUUUUUUUCAGGACAGCAUCAUUUUGUCAACGGUAUGAAAUCUUAAUUGAAUGAGAUGUGAGUUUUAAAAUAGGUAAUGUAGCAAGAAUGACUUUGCCAGUAAGUAGUAAAACAAUUUAGUUUUGUUGUUUUU